GAGUAAAAUAAGGGGCAGCUUCCCCCAUCCAGUUUUCAUAAGUUAGGUAACUUCAAGUUCCUGUGCCUGGAUUAAAUGUGACAGUGUGACGCAGUGGUCCGUGCGUCAGCCAAAUGCCCACCAACGUGGCUCGCCUGCGCUGGUGCUCAGGUUGUGGCGAAAGCAAUCGGGACCUGUCUAGCAACAUCACUACGCAACUUGAACCAACCUAAGCCAGCACUCUUCCAUCAACCUUUCGGCCUCUCCACUUGGUUCUCACUUACGGGCGGUCUGCGGCACAGCAAGAGCUUAAUCUCCUGACCUAACGUGACAACCAGUUGCUUCUCGCCUCACCUCAACUCUCAACUUCAAGAGCUGCCGCGAACCACCUCGCAGCCAGCACCCCCCACAACAUCCAAACUUCCGAUCUUCACAACCCAUUCUCACAAUGGCCUCAUCACAAAACACCAACAAGAAAGACGAGAAAACGGCCGCCGAGGCCAAGCCGGAGCAGACCGUGACCGAGCAGAAGCCGGCCGCGCUGGAAGAGGACGACGAGUUCGAAGACUUCCCCGUUGACGACUGGGCGGCCGAGGAAACCGAGGCCGCCGGCGGGGGCGGCGCGACACAGCACCUGUGGGAGGAGUCGUGGGACGAUGACGACACGAGCGAUGACUUUUCGACACAACUCAAGGAAGAGCUGAAGAAGGUCGAGCAAUCCAAGAAGCGGUGAUCUGCUGUUGUAAGGGAGAGGGGCAGCAAGUGAUGAUGGCGGCAUGCUACGACGGCGGUCUUAGGGUACACCUGAACAGAGGGUGGCGGUGUGGUGUCUCGGUCGGGAGGCCGGCUUGGAGGUAGCUGCCAGACCGGGUCUAGAAGAAUAUCUCGGGGUGCUAUGCGGAUGCCACCCGGAGUUCACAGGGCCAUUGGAUGAGGAAGUUAUGUCGUCGGCAACCAGCACUGUCAGCAUACAGCUAGGCAUAACGCGGAAGGCCACAUCGGCCUGAACGCCCGUCUUACUACGCUCCAUAGUCUGCAACGGGAGAUUACUUUCAAUUCUGGUCGAGGACCAACU